UUGGUGGAAGUUCGAGCUCUUAAUCAACGGAGACGACAACAGAGAAAGUUGGAUUGCUGUAAUUCUUUAGAGAACGAAGAAAAGCCUCCGGCUUCCGUUGGACUGAAUGCAGAAGGAUUUAUGAAGGGUGAUCAGAAUGGACUAAUGCUUGAUAAAAAGGGAAAUGAUGGGGUUUCGGAGAAGACAGGGAAUGGAUGGCCAGCACGAAAACUAGAUUGUUCUAUGAGUGCAAAUGACUUUGCCAAUGCUGAUGAAAAGGAGGCCAGAAAUUUUGUGACAUCGAAUUCUCAUUCUUCGAACAAUCUGGAUUCAUUUCGGGACUCAGUUUUCUAUAUGGACAAAAGUGUGAUGGAAUGUUCAUUGCCCGAAUUGGUAGUUUGCUAUAAAGAGGGUACAUAUCAUGUUGUCAAGGACAUCUGCAUCGAUGAGGGAGUUCCGACUCAGGACAAGUUCUUGUUUGACAGCGGGGUGAAUGAGAAGAACAAUUCCAACUUUCUCCCCUCUGAAAACGAUCAAGACAGUAAACCGAUGAAAGAAAAAUCAGAGAGUGAUAUAUCCAUGCAAGUUGGUUCCAUGCCUCCUGAAGAAAGUGAAACGGACAAUGAUACUGACAAUGAAUGUGGUUCUAAUAAAAGUCUCCAUGCUGAUAUAUGUACGCCAGAUGUUUCCUUAUCUCUGGAAGAAAAUGAGCCUAACGAGGGAAUUCUUAGUCGAUGUGAUUCUAAGGAUUUGAAAUUGACAACGGAAAUGAAGGAUGAUGCAAUGAAAAUUAGCACAAAUGAUGUCCCAAAAGAGGUGUUUACCCUUGGAGAGUUGCUUUCCAUGCCAGAAUUGAGCACAGUGAAUUCCAAUGCCAUGGCUUCUGAUUACAAAAGUAAUGGAAUCGAGCAACAGUGCUUUGAGAAUUCAAGGGAAAAAGAAGAUACCGUGACAGCUCCUUUGGUUUCUGCAGAUAAAGAACUAAACAAUAGUGGCGAGAAAACAAUUCUAUCUGCUGCUGCAUCCGGCUCUGUAGCUGAAGAAUUGGACAGUGGGAAAGGGGAAGCUACCAGGUUUAGCCCUGCUCAGGCCUCGGCUUCUGAGAAAUCUACCAGCAAUGGCCUUGUCGAUGAGGUAUGUGAUGAUAACAAACUGGUUGCUCAAAGCAUCGCAUUUGGCUCUCUUUCUUCUGCACCAAUAUACUGCAAAGAUGAGGGAUGCCACAAUCUUGACCGUGAACCUCCCGAGACUGGAGGUGCACCCAAGCUUGAAGGUACAACUGAUCUGCCUUUUUCAAACAAUCUUCAAAGUGGAUAUGGGGAGUCUAGUUUCUCUGCUGCAGGGCCGGUAACAGGUCUAAUAAGUUACUCUGGGCCAAUAGCGUAUUCAGGCAGUCUCUCUGUUCGAUCAGAUAGCAGCACAACAAGCACUCGUUCCUUCGCCUUCCCAAUAUUGCAGUCUGAAUGGAAUAGCAGUCCAGUAAGGAUGGCAAAAGCGGAUCGGACACAUUACCGGAAGCAUAAGGGUUGGAGGCAGGGCCUUCUUUGCUGUAGAUUCUGAGAAGUUCUAGUCGAUCGUAGGUUAUACAAAUUUUUAUUAUUUUCACUUAUCAAGUUAUAUACAUAAUCCCUUUACCUGUCGUUAGCCGUGUAAUUGGCUGUAGGUUUUAGAGUGUAAUUGCUUGGCGUUUCAAUCCCAUGCAUGCAAAUUGAGCUGCAAGCAAUACCCUAUAACAUUCAUAUAUCAUUAUAGUAUUUGUUUU